CUUUAAAAAAAUAUGCUGCCUGACAAAAAAGGAAGUACUCAGAAGGGACGGAGGAAAUGAAAUGACACUUCACGAGUGGAGAGGGAGGAAUGUUACCUGAAAAUUAUGUCACUUUUGAAGCAUACUUUCGGGAUGCACUUGCCUUCCUGAAGGAAUAUGACUGGCUUUAUUCAUGUCCAGUAACAGAAAUUUUGAUUAAUGAUAUUCUGAACAAAAUACCCUCUGCAUGGUGUGAAGCACUUUUAACUCUUUCAAAUGAAGAAUUAAAUCAGCUCCCUACAGGUUAUAUUAAGGAUGCCUGGCCAGAUUCACUAAAAUAUUUCUGCAAAAUGUGCCAAAAACUGAAGUCGGUGGUUAAAACAUACAUUUUAAAGGAAGAGUUAUAUUGCAUUCCUUCUAUUAUAUGCCAUCGUUUAUCUGAGAAAAAGCUCCAUGAAAUAUGUCAUUUGGCUCAAGUUAUUCAUGACGAGUGUCAAUCAGGUGGCAUUAGAAGAAUCGUUGAUUUUGGAUCUGGAAUGGGAUAUGUUGGCCAGUUACUUCAUGCAAAAUAUGGAUACACUGUGCUGGGUUUAGAAGCUAGGCCUGAACUGGUUGAGGCAGCUGCCAAACGUCAAACAAAAAUUUGCUCAGCUGCACAAGUAGUUUACACCACAGUUGAAAUAAAUUCAGAUACUGAAGGGAACAUUGCACAAAUAAUUGAAGAUAAGAUGCCCCCUGAUUGUUUGCACAAGUGUCAUUCUGACUGGCCUGGGGGUAAUAUCAUAUAUAAUCUGAAAUCUGCCAAGAAAAACAAACAUUCUAGUGAAAAGAGCAAAAUGGGAAUUAUUUCUAAAGGACAGAGUGGAAGUAAAGGAUUAAUUAAAAUCACAGAAUCUAGAACAACUGAUCAUUGUUGUGAAACGAACUAUGGUCCCUCAAAGGAUAAGACCAAAUAUGACAACAUGGGACACAUCAGUGUAAAUACCGCAAAUGAUGGAAGAGUUUAUUCACAAGAAACUGAAAGUAAUGUGACCUCACUAUGUGCUGAUAACCCAGCAAAGGUAUCCAAUAAACCAGAUAGUGGAAGAACUAUAAAAAGAGAGGCUCAGGACUCUGUCUGUCUGAUUGGGCUUCAUGCAUGUGCUGACCUCAGUGCAAAUGCAGCAAAGAUAUUUGCAAUGGUCCCUACAAUCAGACGUUUGAUAAUUGUUCCAUGUUGUUAUCAUAAGAUGUCAGCAACAACCUCUUCACAAAGAGAAGAUAUAUAUCACCAACCAAACUUGACUCUGACCGACAACUUCAAAAGACCUAGUGUAAAAAGUACAAAGCAAGAGAAAAUUAAUUUUUUUCCAAUGAGCAGUACUUUAAAACAGUGCAUUAAAGAAAUUCCUUCCAAAUUUCAUGUUGUCUUCCAGAAACCUUUCUUGAGACUUGCAGCUCAAGAGACAGGGAUUAGAUGGAAGUCCGCUUCAAAAGAAGUUCACGAAAUCCAUGCCUUAAAUCUAAUGGCUCGAGCAGUAUUAUACCUAUGUGCUUAUGAAGGUGGAUAUAAUGUUCUAAAGAAGCAUCGACAUGGAGUUAGAAAAACUGGAAACUCCAAUUUUGGGGCAGUGCUGGAUGAUAUGGUAUCACGCUACACAUUUACUACUGCCAGUUCAAGAAUGGAGGUAGCAAAUGAGGAAGUUCGACAGAAAAUAUUAGUACUAUGGGACCGACACAAGAAUUUAUGCAGUUUAGCUGAAGUAUUCACUGCACUGCAGCUUACAAUUCAGGGUACUGCUGAGAGUUUUGUUUUGUUGGAUAAAAUUGCUUACCUGAAGGAGACAAUGAGCUACCGUGUGUCGUGUGAUCUGACAAAAGUGAUGAAUGAACAAAUCUCACCUAGAUGCCAUACUAUAAUAGCAAGGAAAGAGAGUCUUUAGUAACAUCUGUCAGUUUAAUGCCACAGUAUGAUACGGGAAGAUAAUGGAAAGCAAAUUGUGGUUACAGGGACUAUUGAGAGUGAAAUAGGUACAGAACAAUUGAAGAGUGUUUUUCCAAAAGUCGUUAAAUGCUCAAUUGUUCAAAAUUUAGAUUUUUGUAAUUGCAAAUCAAGCGUGUUGCUAUGCAUGACUGGUCGAAACAAUUUUGUCAAAAGACAAUAUUUGCUCUGCUCUCGGACAGUUGAAGCAAAAUCCGGUAAAUGUAAACUGGGCUUUGCUUCUGAGAGACUUGAAGGGAGUAUAAGAAUGUAGGACAUCAUUGUCGAUGAUAAUAAGAGAGGCUUUUCUGCAAGAAGAAAAAAGAAUGUGACUUGUAGGCAAGCUCUUGCCACCACAACCCACAACAGAAUGAAAUUAGUGGUUUUCACAACAACAUUAACUCCUGAUUAUUGCUCUAUUUGAGCCAGCUCUGUCAGGGAGAAGGAACUUCAAGAAAGAAGCAAAAAGGAAGAACACUAUUUUGAAGAAGUACACCACAAUGGAAAAAGAUGGCCAGACAGUAUUUGUAUAUGCUGCAACAUUUCACUAUGCAGUAAUGAAGGAGGAAAAUUGAAAUGUAGUUAAUGUUGUAUUGGUGUACAACAGGAGCAGCCAAUAACAAAGCUCUCCAUAGGUGAUGUACUCUAUUCUACACAGGUUUAGCAGCACAAUUUGUGUGUAUCAUGAUUCAUUACCGAGCACAACCAAAUGAAAAGACUGCUUUUUAUACUUGGCUUGAAACAAGACCAAAAGGAUGCAAACAAGUGGCCUCUGCUGUAUUGCAUUUUCUCAGAAAUUUUGAGGCAUUCCAGCCAGAAAAUGGUCCAAAUAAAAUUCAUUUAUUUUCUCACUCUUGUACCAGUUAGAAUAAAAAUACAGUAAUGAUGUGCUCACUAAUGGCCUUCAUGGAUGAAAGCAGACAAUUUAAUAAGAUGGUACAUUAUUUCCUAACUCAUGGUCGUGACUAUAAUCCUACCAAGUGUUUGGUAGGAUGAAUAAAGACUACCAGAAAAAGAAAGAUAUUCUCUCACCAACUGAAUACUAUAAAGUUCUGGAACAACAUGGCAGUGUCAAGAUACUAAAUAAAUACUGGGAAUCAAAGGAUUUUGAGCACAGUGCACUAAAAGCCCUACAAUCUAAGAUGCCUUUCAAAAUAACUGCUGAGCAAGUUGUGGCUUAUGAAAAGUCGAAGAAGAACAUAUUGUUGUCAGUAUUGGACAUUUAUGGAAAAUCUGUAGAGGUUUAGGCACAGAAAUCCAGAAACCUCAGCCAAGAAAUGAGGAAAGUAAAAAAGAAGUAGUAUGUCUUAAAUUUAUAAGGCAUAUUAAUAUAACUGAAGGAGCAGAAGUGUUUUAUAAGGACAUUGUUGAAAGUGGUGGAUGGAUUUCCAUUUUAGUGCUGUUGUCGCCAGUAUUUUUUGUUGCAUUUCAACAGUGUUUGUUGCUAUUUUGGAUUUCUGCUUACCAAACAUUUAUGAAAAAGUGUGAUAAAAUCUUAUAAUGAAGUACGUUUUGUGUUUCUAUGCUAAAUGAACUAUAAAAUAGCUUUCUUUGUAAUUAAUGUUAAAGAUAAAAAUGAAAUAGAAAAAAAUGAAUUUAAAUGUGUAUAUUAAUGAAACUUUUGACUUUUGAAG